AUGUCGAUCGAAGAACAUAUCGAACGUCAAAACGACUACAUUUGGCGCAUCUCUCGUGCCGUCAAAAACCUGCGCAAGCUCGGCGAGGCAAAAAUCACUUACGGGCAGGUGAAGUCGCGGCUUAAUGCCUUAAAUUCAAGUUGGAAUAAGUUCCAAGAUAAUCACGAGAAGAUCAGCGAGAUCAAGUUCGCAGCAAAAGGUGAUCAACUCGACGCGAUCAAAAGGCUUUCGUACUUCACGAAAGAUCAUUACGGACUGUGUGAAGAGCACUUCUUGAGUGGCGAAGGAGUGAUGCUUGAUCUUCUCGAAUCUCUAAAGCCUGCGCCUGCAGCAACCGCGCAAGCCGCUGCAGCUCCUCAAGACGCACCAGCAGGAGGAUCAUCAAAACGGCUACCGCGUAUCGAACUGCCCACUUUCGCGGGCAGCUACUCAGAAUGGAAGCCGUUUCACGACCUCUUCUCGUCGAUGGUUCGCAAAAAUUCGCAACAUUCGGAAGUGGAAAAGCUGCACUACCUCAAAACCAAAAACUUCCCUCGAGCCUGGGAAACUCUCGUUUCACGAUACGAAAACAAGCGGCUUCUGACUGAUUCUCAUCUCGCGACACUUUUCGCGAUUCCUCGCGUCACUAAAAAAUCAUCAUCGGAACUAAAGAGCUUGCACAGCAACACUUGCGAAGCUCUUGGCGCGCUCGAACUUCUCGCUAGUCCCGAGAAAUUAGGGGAUCACAUCAUCGUGCACAUGACGAUUCGCAAGCUCGACCGAGCAUCUCUCGAAGAGUGGGAGAAAAGUGUUACCGAGAAACUCGAGCCCCCCACGACUGCGGAGCUCAAGGCGUUUCUCGUCGGUCGCAUCCAUACCCUCGAAGCCGUGGAGCAAGCUCAUGCUCAUAAUCAAAUCGCGACGUCGAAACCGCACUCAUUGCAAGGAAGGUCAAAUCUUCAGACGACAAGGUCACAUACAGCGCAAUCAAAGGAACAGUCGUGUGCUUGUUGCAAAGGCAACCACUACAUCGCGUUCUGUUCGACCUUUCGCGACAAAUCUCUGGAUCAAAGAAGGGAAGUGGUUUCUGCGAAAAAGCUUUGCUUCAAUUGUCUCGGUCCACAUCAGCAGAAGGACUGUCGAUCCAACAAAACGUGUCGCAUGUGCAACGGUCGACAUCAUUCCUUGCUGCAUCGGAACUUUUCCUCAAUCUCGACAGCUGCCAACCGCGGCACAUCUCAAGGACAGGCCGCAGUAGCGCAACCUGCAGUGCAGAACGCACCGAUCUCGAACAGCGCCUUUCAGGUGAGCAACCACUCAGCUCAGCCUACAAUGAUCAAGCGCUCUCCAGUUCUUCUCGCCACAGUGCAAUUGAUCGCCUCGAAUCCGGAGACUGGAGAAAGAAUCAUCGCUCGCGCUCUACUCGAUCAAGGAUCCGAAAGUUCAUUCGUCACGGAGUCGCUAGCGCAACAAUUGCGAUUACGUCGGCAUCAAGCAACGAUACCGAUCAUUGGCGUCGGAGCUCAUCAAUCGGCAGUGACUCGCGGCAUAGCAACAUUGCAACUCAAAUCUCGUGCUCACACCUCGUUCUCGUGUCAGGUGGAGGCACUCGUGCUUCCACGACUCACAUCGUAUAUACCCUCAUUUCGACUUCUCGUCGAAGACUGGCCUCAUCUACGAGGACUCAACCUCGCCAAUCCAAGCUUUGCACAUCCCAGUCAAAUCGACGUAAUUCUCGGAGCUGACAUCUACAGCAACAUCAUUAGUCAAGGAGUUCGAAGAGGAGCACCAGGAACACCAAUCGCGCAAGAAACUCAGUUCGGUUGGGUCCUCUCCGGCUGCGUUUCAGUGGAAGCAGCAAGCCCCUCGUAUGGCGCUAUCCAAGGCUUCCAAUGCUCCCUCGAUCACGAACUGCUCGAUCUCGUGCAGCAGUUUUGGAAGCAGGAAGAAGUGUCGAAACCUUUGGCACUAACUUCCGAAGAAGAGCGUUGUGAGCAACACUUUCGCGAAACGGUUUCUCGAACUGCGUCUGGUCGUUACGUAGUUCGGCUGCCGCUCAAGGACAAUUCGGUAGAGCUCGGCAACUCGCGGAAUCCCGCGCAUCAAAUGCUCCUUCGUUUGGAGAAACGGUUCGGUAGCGACGCGAAACUCAAGGAGGCUUACUCGAGCUUCCUUCGUGAAUAUCGUCAACUCGGGCACAUGCGUCGCGCUAUCAAUAUACCUGAAGACAAUUCCCGCGUGUUUUAUCUUCCCCAUCACGGUGUAGUUCGCGACAGCAGUUCAACAACAAAGUUGCGUGUCGUGUUCAACGGGUCUCAAAGAACCAACCUCGGACUUUCUCUCAAUGACAAUCUUCUCGUCGGUCCAAAAGUGCAAACCGACCUCGCGGACGUUCUCUUACGCUGGCGACAAUAUCCAGUCGCGUUCUCAUCAGACAUCGUGAAGAUGUACCGACAAAUUUUGGUCCACAAUGAUGACCAAGAUUUCCAGCGAAUCCUCUGGAGGGAAGAACCAGGGCUAUCGAUUGAAGAAUAUCAACUGACUACGGUAACGUAUGGUCUUGCAAGCGCUCCGUAUCUCGCGAUCCGUGUUCUUCAUCAACUCGUUCAGGACGAAGGUAAGCAGUAUCCCUUUGCGAGCCACGUCAUUCUCGAAAACACGUACGUCGACGACAUCCUCUCAGGAGCAGAGGACGUUGAUCAAGGUCGCGAGAAAAUCAACGAACUCAAUCAAUUGCUCAAGGCGGGCGGCUUCGAACUUUAA